UUGUCCACCACUGUAUAUUCUGCAUCUCUUGUUAUCCUCAUGUUGUAUUUGGCUAACCAAGACACCCCUGAUAUAUUGCAUUACGUAAUAGUGUUGUUAACUGAGGAGUGAUACUUGAUUAUUAAUGUUUGUUCCUGCAGAUCUGGGAGUGACCGUUUGAGAAGCACCUCUUGACUUCAGUACAGGGGAUUGGGGCUUAAGGUCAUGGCAGGAAGAGGUGGAGCAGCGAGACCUAACGGGCCGAACACCGGCAACAAAAUCUGUCAAUUCAAACUAGUGCUCCUGGGAGAGUCCGCUGUGGGGAAGUCAAGUCUAGUCCUUCGCUUUGUAAAAGGACAGUUUCACGAGUUUCAGGAAAGCACAAUAGGAGCUGCCUUCUUGACUCAGACAUUAUGUUUGGAUGACACAACAGUGAAGUUUGAGAUCUGGGAUACAGCUGGCCAGGAGCGUUACCACAGUCUGGCCCCAAUGUAUUACAGAGGAGCGCAGGCGGCCAUAGUGGUGUAUGACAUUACAAAUGAAGUGAGUCCUAACAUGCUCGGUUUACUCUGCUGCUUAAAUGAU